UUUAAAUUAGCCAAAUACUUUUACAUUUAUAUAAGUAAAUUGAUUGCAGUUCAUAGUAAUAUAUUUGAUUUGGGCGGUCUCACUGAAAACAACCGAGAUUUUGAUGACGAUAGCGCUGCGUAAUCGAUAAUCUCUCACAGCUGUUUGUGUCAUCGCUAGGCUUGGUGUAAACAACAAAACUUAUUACAUACAUACAGAUAUUUGUGUUUGUUGUGGUUUUUUGGUGUGCCUGUUGUUUGUCCGACCACCAGAAACGAUGGCCCGGCUCAAUGACACCAAAAUACCCAUAACGGAGUUUCUCGAUGCCUACCGCCGUCAGCCGUGUCUCUACAAUUCCGUAAUGGACACGUACAAGAAUCGUGUGGUGCGCGAACAAGCCUACGAAGCAAUAAUAAAAACAUUGAAAAUACCACAAUUAACGGUGCUGGACAUCAAAUUGAAAAUCAAAAGCGUACGCACCGUUUACACCAAAGAGUUGCGCAUAUUGCUGCGUGAAAAGGAAAUGGGUCGAAGCUACGAACCCAAACUGUUUUGGUUUAAGCGUGCCGAUGCUUUUUUGCGCUCCGUUUCGUUGUCGCACUGCAAACGCCUUAAGGAUAACAAUGAAACGCUCAGCAUCAAGAAGGAGGCGUCAGAGCAGCAACUGCUCUUUAAUGUCAAAGCUGCGCUCAUCGAGGAUGAAUUGCAACAGUCGCAGCAGCAGCAACAACAACAACAACAGCAGCAGCAGGAGGAUGAGGAGGAGGAUGGGUCAGAGAAUGAAGCGUAUAGAAGUCCCAAGCGAGUAUGCACAGCGAGCCAUACAACACAGGUCAAUCGAACGAUGGAUGACAGCUCCAUUUGUCCCCUAGAAGAAGAACAACAACAGCAGCAACAACAACAACAACAGCAGCAGCAGCAGACACAGCAACAACAACAACAACAUCAGCAACAGCAGCAGGAACUGCAGCAACAGACAACGCUGCGUAAAUUAAGGUAUUUGCCCUACACACCAAGCCAACAACAACAACAGCAUCGCCAGUCGACGCCGUUUCCAGCACCAUCUCCCACCCAGCAACUGGAUUUAUCAUCCUCUUCGAGUGCCAGUGCCAUUUGCUUUGGCGGCUCCACUGCGACUGAAGAUGAUUUGAUCAUAUUUGGCCAAAGCAUUGCCUCUCAGCUACGCUCGAUUCCCGAUCCAUAUUCACGUUCGGUAGCCAAGCUGCGUAUUCAGCAGGUUUUAUUUGAGGCGGAAACGGGUCAAAGCAGCGAAUCGGUCAAUCCACAAUUGCCCAGCUUUUGAAUGAUCGUUCAAUUAAUGUUAAUAUCAAUGUAAUGUAUUUAUUGUUUAGCAUUUGUAGAAAUUUAGAUGUAAUUUGACUCUGUGUAAAUGUUGAAUGUAUAUUUUUAGUUUGUUGAGUAUCUCAGCAACAUGUUGUAAAUUUUUAUCGCAUUACGGUUUCCAAGUGCAAAAAAGGAAGAUAAUCCCUUUACACUAUAUGUAUAUUUAAAACAUUAGUUAUGAAAUGAGUAAGUUGACAAAUAGGAAUCAAAACAUUAGCCUAAGCAAAACAGUUUUAAGCGGUUGCUGUUUGAAUUUCGAUAAAAUGAAUCGAAAACCGAAAAUUAUCGCAAUAUCAUCGAAUAAACAUAUGAACAAAUCUACGAUGGUAAUUUGCGUUAUAAUUAA